AUGUCGUUUGAUACAUCGACUCUUGUUGCUAUUGGUAGCGUUGGUAUUAUUUCAAUUGUGAUUUUUAUUUUAUUUAAAAACAAAAAUAAACCGAAUAAUUCGGAACAAAGUAAACGAAAAAAUGUGAUUAUUGCUUUACAAAAUCCCGAUAUAAAAUAUGCAUUUUCAUUGGCACAUAAAGAAAGUAUAUCGCAUGAUACACGUAUCUUUCGUUUUCAACUUCCAUCAACUAAACAUGUACUUGGUUUACCUAUUGGUCAACAUAUUUAUUUAACUGCUCAUAUUAAUGGUGAACUUGUCAAACGGCCAUAUACUCCAACAACAUCCGAUGAUAAUCAAGGUUAUUUUGAUCUUGUUAUUAAAGUUUAUCCAAAUGGUAAAAUGACUCAAUAUCUUGAUAAACUUCCUAUCGGACAAACAAUUGAUGUAAGUGGUCCAUCCGGUAAUCUUAUUUAUAAAGAUAAUGGUUUAUUUGAUAUACGUUCACGUAAACCUGAACCAUUUGUUACGCGACAUGUUCGUCAUCUUGGUUUAAUUGCUGGUGGUACAGGUAUAACACCAAUGUAUCAAAUCUUAAAUGAAAUCUUAAAAGAACAAUCAGCAAUUGUACCUGGUCAAAAGGUUGAUAUUAAAAUUUGGCUUUUAUUUGCCAAUCAAACAGAAGACGAUAUUUUAUUACGUGAAGAAUUAGAACAAUUAGCUGCAUCGAAUUCUGAUCGAUUUAAAUUAUGGUAUACCGUUGAUCGUGAUAGUGAAGAAUGGAAAUAUUCAAAAGGUUUUAUAAAUGAAACAAUGUUACAAGAACAUAUGCCACCACCAGGUGAUGAUUGUUUAAUAUGCAUUUGUGGACCACCACCAAUGAUUAAAUUUGCUUGUGUACCUAAUUUAGAUAAAUUAGGUUAUACAGAAAACAUGCGAUAUACUUUUUAA